AUGCCGAAACGUACGGCUGAAGAAAAGAUUGAGAAAUACCAGAGAAAAAUUAGGAAGUUAAAUAAACGUGUUAGAAGAAUAGUGAUGUCGUCAGAAUCGUCGGACGAAAGUAAAAUGGAGUCAGUGGUAUCGGUUCCGGAAGAUUUACCGGAAAUAGAGAACAAGGAAGCGAUGGAGCUACUUACCAACGACAUACAAGUAUCAAAUUUUCCUGAAUUAGAACCAGAAUUGCUUAGAGCACUAGGAGAGGACAAUAUAGAAGAACCCGAAUAUGGCGAAAGUAUUCAUGAUGAUUUGGCUAAGCGUUGGUUGCCUAUAAUUAAAAAAGGUUUGUCUAAAGAUAUUAAAGAAAAAUUGAACAAGGAAUGCCUUGUCCCAGAAAAUUUUAAGCUUCUCAGGCCAUCAACUUUAAAUACUGAGAUAAUUACAGCUUUAGCAGAGACGGUGAAAUCCCGAGAUAAGAAAUUAAAAACCAAUCAACAGCAGCUCGCUAUGGGCAUAACAGCUGUAAAUAAAUCUUUACACUUGUUGCUGUCAAACGGUGACAAAGCAGAGGCAGUAAAUCACCUCAGUAACUGCUGUCGAAUUUUA